AAGACCGGUAAGAUAUUCUUUUUGUAUGACAUGUUAACUGUUUUGCAUUUAUGCAGAAAGUGAUGCAGCAUUUUAUGCAAAUGUUGAAUUUCUGUGCAGAGAAAAUCCAAGAUUUCUGCAUCUCGCAGACUGACCUUGAAGACCAAGCUGCUAAAGGUGGCAACUGUGAUGUUGGAGAAGGAAAAGGAAGCAAAGCGCCAGGAGAGAGAGACUGCUUUGAAUGAGAGAGUUCCUCCGCUGCAGCUGUCUGGGCUGUCAGUGCAGGACCUUCAGGCUCUGUGCAAAGAACUGCACCAUAAAAUUGACGUGGUCGACGAAGAGCGCUACGACAUCAACUCCAAGGUUACCAAGACUUAUGCAGAGCUUGAGAAUCUGUCUGCCAAGAUCGUUGAGCUGAAGGGUAAAAUGAAGCGACCCGCUCUUAAAAGGGUGAAGAUUUCGGCUGACGCCAUGUUGGGAGCUCUGCUGGGCGCUAAGGUCAAGGAGUCUGUGGACUUUAAGGCCAACCUCAAGACCGUCAAGAAGGAAGAUGAGAAGAAGGAGGAAGUGACCGACUGGCGUAAGAAUGUGGAGGCCAUGUCUGGUAUGGAGGGCAGAAUGAAGCUGUUUAAUGCCGGCCAGUAGAUUCAAAAUGAGUGAGAUGGACAACUAGGAAGCCCACAGUGUGAAUAUCAUUGUGUGUUGCUACAGCUCAACGGUAAUGUGGUGUCGCAUAUCUGUUAUUGUAGAACGUGAAGAAGUGUGCAAUAUUUUCUUGUAGUGUCGAAAUGCCCGGAAACAACGCGAUGAUGAUGAAAAUAAAGAAAAAAGGUAUGAUCAA